CCUCGCUCCAGGUUUGGUAGCAACAGGUUGGACUGGGAACAUGCCACAAUCGGACAAUCAGCUGAACAGAAAGAUAUUGAUCUACUGAAGAUUGAAACAACAGGAUUCAUUCAUUCAGCCACUGAGACAUUUUAUCAAGUCACAGCGGUUGGCUGUCCUCUCUGGCAAUAGAGCACCAUGUGAAAUGUCCAUAAAAUGGCUGCAUAUGUCCUGUGGUCAGCAGUAGUCUGGACUUUCAAGGGCCUGUUGUGCACAUGGAGGUUUUUCUGGGUGAGCCCAUAUUACACUAUAAAAUCUGCACCAUGGACACAUCAGGCAGCUGACAGUGAUCAGAAACCCCAAUCAAAACUCAACACAGUUGCCCAUGAUGUCAAACAUCACGAUGGAACAAAUGUAAAUGCAGACUCUGGGAAGAAGGCCAGAUCAGAGAAACGUGUCCAUCAUGGGCGCACCAGCGCCCUGCACAAGAGACUGCUGAUGGCUGAAGGAGAGAUUCAGGAUCUGAAGGCUGAAAUCGCUAAUCAGAGAGCGUCAUGGGAGAUGCGCUUCAUUGAGCUGCAAAGGCGACAGCAUGAUCUGAGAGAGCAGUUGAACUCGGAGAUUCUGGUAAGGUCGGGAUUGCUCUACAGAGACACUGAUUCCGAGGAAGUAGACGAGGUCUUCACAGAGGCUGGGUUGGAGAAUGGAUUUGAUUGUGAGGAGAAGGAACUCAAAUGUUUCAGUGGCCUCAGACAAAUACACCAGCAAAAGGGAUCUGAUUUGGGAUUGUUUAGAUAUGAUGUUGACCAGAGUAGCCUGUGUGGCAGUCAAACAUCAUGCCCAUUAGCUUUCGGCUCCAGAACCACCUCUGUCAUGUCUAACACCAGUAUAAGGUCUUGGAGGAGUGGAGGACCUCAUCGAGUUUUUGUACCCCACUCCCCCCUGGACCUGAAGAUUGGGCACAGGGUCCGCAUCAUGCUACCCUCUGGACGGACCAGCACUGGUACUUUACGCUACCUGGGCUCCAUGCAGAACUCCCCUGACUUUUAUCUUGGCGUGGAACUGGAGUUGGCUGAUAAUGGGCAAUAUGACGGCACCUAUGAAGGACAGCGCUACUUUGACUGUCAACCUGGACAUGGAGCAUUUAUAGCAUUCAGUAAAUUGCUAAUGGCUUGGGAAUAGACACUUUAACACAGUCCGGCGCACUAGUGAAGACUUUGUAGGGCACUUAAGGGCAUUCUCACAACAAUUUGCUGCAUGGAUUCACUUGUGGAUCCUUUAACUCUACUAGUAGAACUAUAACUACUUACUGGCAAAUUGGUUACCUUGCAUGUUAUCUUACAUGGUUGGCUACUUUGUAUGCAGUGAUAACAAACCAAAAAUGGUUGGGAAAGAAUGAGAUUUUAGAUGUUGAAUCUCUAUUCACAUGCUUUGUAUGUUAUGGUGACCUACUGUUACCUGUUAGUAAGCCUAUAUGGAAUCUGCUUUAUCUCUUUUUUUUUUUUUUUUUUUUUUUUAACUGACAAUAAAGAAAGUUUAUUUGGAAGUUCUUUGGAAGUUUCGAAAAAAUGUUAAAUGGUGCUGAACAUAUUAUCAAAUUAGCUGAAAUAUUUACAAACGAGAAGCAGAUAAGGACUGGUUUUGAAAUUCUUUGGAAAUCUGUGAAGCUUUCUGCAUUAGUGUUCACAAAUUCCACAUAUUCAUCUGUCUGUUACCCAAACCUGCUAAUGCAUAUGAAAGAAACUUCCUUUUAAAUUGCUAUUAAGUUGAUAAAACUGACUGAAACAGCAAUAUAUGUCAAUUAUCAGUCAUGUUCACCACUGAUGCUUUGACCAUUUGAAUGAUUCCUGGAUUAAACUCAAAUACCACAUAUUUAUCACAUGAGACCGCUCAAGUGUGCUAUAUAAUGAACUGUGCACUCCAGGACACAGUUUUCAAGAGACUGUAUCUGUAUAUCGAAGAAUGUGUUCUGAUGUUCCAGGAAAGAGUCUGGACUGCUACAUGACACCUUCUCUCGGAAAUCAUCAAGAUCAUGUUAAAACAUGUUAUCUAACAAACAGAUUGCUCAAAGCUAAAAUAUGAUGUUAACAAAUGUUUGUUAACAUGUUAACAAAGUUGAGUGACUUGUUUAUAUAAAUUCACAAGAAAACCCUUGUGAUCACAUCACCCACAAGUUGUUUUUUUGGCCUGUUUAAUUUAUUUUUGUUGCCAACUUCCUUUUAGGGAAAAAGGAAAUCACAUUCCUAUGGAUUAAGUCAAGGAAAUAAAUAAUGAU